AUGGAGGGGGCGGAGAAGGCUUGGGAUGUUGGGGAGGCGCCGGAGAGUUAUGUGAAGUUGUUGAAGAAGGGGAUUAUUGGGGUUGAGAUUGAGAUUAGGAGUAUAGGGGGGAAGCAUAAGAUGAGUCAGGAGUUGAGUGAGAGGGAUCGGAAGGGGGUGAUUGAUAGGUUUACUAAGAUUGGUACGGAUGAGGCGUUGAAAUUGGCGUCUAUUGUGAAGGAAAGAGGUGAGCUUAAGGAUUUGAAGAAGGGAUGA